GCUUCUUCUUUUCUUUCUUCGUUACAAUAUUCGGUCUCUUGUUCUGUUCUUUAAAUAGUUUGAAAGAAAAAGAUCAUUUCUAGAAGUUUAACUGGUUUCAGGAUGUUAGAAAACGUUCCUGAUAUCCUCGAGAUACUGAAGAGUUUCCCAGUAUCUUUGACUGUAUUAUGCGUGAUACCAUUCGUUAUUCUGAGUGGACCAACAUGUGUACAAGGAGCACACGAGUUUCCUGUCUUUAGGAUGCAACAAUUUGAUCUUCAUCAAACUUCAACAGGAUCCCGCAGUGCGCUAGUAAACAUGGAAGCAAGACCAAUGUCAUCAGAAGUGCUUACCAGACGAUGUGUGGUCAUUAAGUUAUCAGAACUAACAAUAGACCACUUCAAAGAGGUGAUUGAUAAGGGAGCUGGUGCUCUACUUAUUCUGCUACCAAGACAUCUCUCAAAUCUGACACAACAGGAAAUAGAGGAUUGGCAGCUGCUAGAGAAUGAGCUUCUGUCUCAGAUGGUUCCUGUUGCGUUGUAUUUUGCUUAUGAAGAUGACUACCUUGUUAAUCUGCACAAGCAUAUCCAGGUUGCUGUGACUAGUGAUCAGGCCAACUCAGGCUUUGAAGCUCUUCUUGGGGUUACAUCCGCAAGUGGAUAUCAGUUGGUGGCAAGUGCUUCAGAGGCCAAGCAAAAGAAAGACACUGUUAUAACCAACAUACAGGGGAAGUUAGCUGGUAUGGGAGUGGAUGAGAAUCUACCUACAAUUGCUAUCGUAGCACAUUAUGAUACAUUUGGUGUUGCUCCGAGUCUUGCAAAUGGUUCUGACUCCAAUGGCAGUGGGGUUGUCGCAUUAUUGGAGCUGUCACGUCUUUUUUCCAGGUUGCUUGAUCGGUCUUUAACACCUGUUAGAUAUCAUUUAGUAUUUUUUCUUUCUGGAGGAGGGAAAUUUAAUUAUCAAGGAACCAAGAAAUGGCUUGAAGACAGUCUUGAUAAUCCAGAGCAAAGUGCUUUAAAUGAAGUGGAUUUUGUGCUGUGUUUGGAUAGUCUUGGCAGAGACGACAACCUUUUUCUUCAUGUUUCUAAGCCUCCAAAAGAAGGCACACUUGCAUUUGAACUCUUUGAAGACUUCAAACAGGUUGCCCAGAACAUGUUUCCUCAACUUAAUUUCUCAGUAAUCCACAAAAAAAUUAACCUAGCUGAUGAGGUGUUGUCAUGGGAACAUGAACGCUUUUCAGUGCAUACACAGCGGCUUCCUGCUGGUACUUUAUCUCACUACAGUGAUCCUCAAACCCCUGGAAGAAGAUCCAUGUUUGACAUUAGGGUUCAUGAUGACCAAAAACUAGAAAGAAACAUAAAGUUCAUAGCUGAGAGCCUGGCUAGACAUAUAUUCAAUUUGACCAAAAAGGGAUAUUCCAAAGAUUUAGAGACUUUCACACAAGGACUGGGUGUUGAUUCUCAAUUUGUUAAAACAUGGAUGGAUUAUCUGAGUUUACAGCCAAGACCAGCCCAAAGUCUUCACAAAGAUCAUCCAUUUCUACAAGGACUAGAAUUGACAUUGUCUAAAUUUAUAAAAGAUGUCAAAAGAACCACCAUGAAGGCAGAUAAAAGGGAUCCUGAAUUCGUAUUUUAUGACCAACUUGAAACAAAAAUGUCUGCAUACAGGGUUAAACCAGCUAUCUUUGAUUUAUUCUUGGCUGUUGGUAUAGCAAGUUAUCUAGGAAUGGUUUAUCUGGCAAUUCAGAACUUUUCCAGUUUGUCUGACUUUUUGUGGCAGAAGCAGUUAGGCAACCUUAAGGUGAAGCAGGGCUAGUGUUUCGACCUCAACUUGUGUACAGUAAAUAAUGCUGUUGUGUCAAUAAUGAUCUGUUAACUCAAGGCCUGUUUUUAUAGACAAUGGACAUCAAUUUUCCUAGAUGUACUCAGUUGACUAAUAUUCAAAUACAUGUAUUUCAUGGGCAAGUCAAGUCUUGUGUUAUACGAAUUUACAUGACUAUGCCUUGCUGCGAAUCUAGUUUCUUAGAGAGCCUUGACAAGAAAACAUGACGUCAUACAUUAUUGAUACUUCCCCCACAUCUCUGAUGGUGCUACAUUUCCCCCAUUUCUAUUAUAAGCAGACCAGACAACCGACCAGUACUUUAGGUGUUUGGGUUUUUGGAUUCCAGUCCUUCUACCCGAGUCAACUUUCCUAUAGUCUAACUUAGUAGUUUUUCUAUGUUAGGUAUGCCCAAAACCUAGAUUAAUAUUUCUUGGUUAGAUUAAUUCCAUAAGUCGGCCUCAGGUGCUCUCUGUCGAAUAUUUCCCCCCGCUCACCACUUGAGCGAUCACCAAGCACGAAGGAGCGAAAACUACGACUAUGGAAUCAGUCUAAUCCUUGGUAACCUAAUUACGAAAAUAGGUUAAUGAAUGAAUGUUGGAAUCAAAUUGGGCACCAGACAAGUCUUGAUAACCUCGGUGGAAGUCAUUUGUAGACGAAACAGAAACUUUGCUUUGAAAAUCAAUAAAACAUGCGGACAUGGAGAGAUCAA